AUCAAAAUGGGUAACUUACAAAGUGGUAAUGAUAAGAAAAGUGGUAAAGUAAAAACACCAAAAAAAGAUAAGAAUAAAGAUCGUAAAUCACCAGCAAAAGAAAUACAAAAGGAUAAAUUAAGAAAGGAUUCGGAAUUACAAUUUACAGGUAUCGUACCACAAGAUAUUUCAACAGAUGAAUAUUAUGUAAUAUCUCUAUCGGAUAAAGAUAAAAAACACGUGGAAGACAAAGUACUAACACCAACAGCAGUAGAGGUAACGGGACCACGAGGUUCUUCUAAGCGGUCAGUGCCCUAUAAAGAAGAACAACAAAUGGCCUCUACUGCUGUUAUAAACACCAUAGUACCAGCAACAAGCAACGAACAACAUACCACAAUUAAUAAUAACACAGCUAUAAUUCCAUUAUCAACGUCCUCAGCGUCAUCAACACAUCAACAAAAAAUUGAUAAUAAUAAAAAUGAAAACAGUUGUGAAUCAUCUUCAACGGCAACAGCUAGUCAAUUUUUAGUGACAGAUUCAUGGCGUAAAGUGAAUAAACUUGAUCAAACAAAAGGUGAUGAUAAAAAUUCAAAAAAAAGUACACAAAUAACACCACCAAGUCGUGAUUCAAGUAGUGAUUCCGUAUUUACAGAUCCAUUAACAACUCCAAUCGGUGGAUUUACAACUGAAAUCAAUCAGUGUUAUUGUAGUGAAGAAAGUGUUGAUAAUACAUUAAGGAGUAGUGAUCAACAAUUUACUCCAUUAAAUAAUUUUAAAUUAAAUGAAUUCGAUUCAAAAGUGAAUAAAACAAAAUAUGGCAGUGGAACGAAAACAUUUGAAAAAUCAACAAUCACCGAUUUACAAGAAUAUCGUAAGAAAAAAUUGGCAAUAUCAAAAACAAGUUUAAUUAGUGUGAGUUCGGAUGAGAAUUAUGCUAGUGACAAUAUUUAUGUGUUUGAAUGCAAGGCAGAAGAAAAUACGAUGUUAUCUUUGGAUAAAAUUAGUUCACCAAAUGAUUCGGGGAAUCAUACAGCACAAUCGACGGAUCCAUUACAGGAUUCAACAUCGGCCGUAUUUAGCAGUGCAACAGGAAUGUUUGAUACAACGUUGAGUAAUUCGUUACAAGAACGUCGUUUAUCACAACCGACAGGAACAAGUUUUGUUUUGAAGCGUCAUAAAAAAGUUGAUUUAGCACCUACAAAACCAUUAACAGAUACUCCACCGUCUUCGACACAAAGUCAAAGAAGACCAUCAUCCGUUUCUGAUGCUGCUGUUGUGGGUGGAUUUACACCGCCGAAUGGUGCAUCAUCACCUAUACCAGAAUGUAAUGUCCUACGUAAAGUCGCUUCGUUAACAUUAGAUAAAGCAACAUUGGAAUCUGCUGCACGUCUAUCAAAGCCAAAAUUUGUUCCGGAAAAAUUGGAUUUUAAAAUUUAUGAAAAGUUUGAAGGCCACAUGUUAGUAAACUGGUUUAUAUCUGCAUGGACGGAGGAAGAUUCGACAAGAACCUGUCUGUCAUCAAAUGAUUUACGAACAUUGGUGACACUGUGCUGUAAUCAUUUACUCGCUGCAAGUGUACUACGUCAACUUCCUGAUAAAAACGUAGAAAUUUCUCCUACUUUUCGACCGGAUUUAAUGUACUAUUGGGCGCAUAAUGAAGCACCAGCAUCAAUGCCACAAACGCCUGGUCGUCUAUCACAAUUAUCCUGGCCACCAACAUCACCUGGAUCAAAUGAAAUGUUAUCAUCAUCCGGCGAUAGUAAAGUGCAAAAUAAAGCAUUAAGAUCGCCCGAUAUAUUCCCGGAACAACGCAAUAAUCAUGAAAAUGAGAAUAAAUGUAAUUAUCCAAUAUCUCGCUCGGUGUCCGUACCCGAAACAAAACGCAUUUUAGAAUUAGAAGAAAUAAAUAAUAAUUUACGACAAGAAUUGGAAAAAUAUAAAACAUUAGUUGAAAUACAAUCGUUAACAUCGAAUGCAAUCAAAGAUUUUGGUUCGCCAGUAAAAACCACAUCAUCGUUACCCGCAUCUAAUCUUGUAAAUAAUAAUAAUAAAACCGUAUCAGAAUUAAGUAGUGUAAAAAAAGUAUCGCAAUCAACACAAACAAUAAUCGCUUGUGCAACAAGAGAUAUUGGAAUUUUAUGUGAUAUCCUGGAUGAAGCUGCAGCACAAAUCAAAAACAAUAAUAGUAAAUUAAUUAGUGAAAUCAAGUCUGAUGUAGAUGAACAUAAAAGAGAUACGAAUGAGACUGAUAUUAUCACCACGUCUGCUGAAAGUGUACAGUCACAAUCACAAUCUAAUGUUCCUAUUACAAGUAGUAUUGUUCCUAGUAUACCAUCACCUCCAUCUACAAUUUCAUCAUGUUUGCCAAAAAUCGAACCUAGUGAAACAAAAUCGACAUCCCAUUCCUCUGUACAAAUCCCUCCUCCUCCGCCACCACCUCCAAUGCCUCUAGAUUCAAAUAUUCCAAUACCUCCACCACCUCCACCUCCAAUAUCAGAUGUACCUCCUCCUCCACCACCUCCACCAUUGCCAUGUCCUAUAGAUUCAAGCAUUCCAAUACCACCUCCACCACUCCCAAUAACAGGUGCACCGCCACCUCCUCCACCACCACCUAUGCCUGGUGCUCCCCCACCUCCACCAAUGCCUGGCGCAGGAAUACCCCCACCACCUCCUCCUCCUGGAAUGCCUGGUAUGCCACCACCACCUCCAAUGCCAGGUAUGGCUGGUAUGCCUCCACCUCCUCCAAUGCCAGGAAUGAAUAUUCCACCACCUCCUCCACCAAUGGCUAGUGGUGGUGGUCCCCCUCCUCCACCACCAUGUCCUGGAAUGUCUACAGAUGGUAGUAAUGGUAUACCACAACCACCAUCAGCGUCAUGUGGAACACCCGUUCCAUUUCCAGCACCACCUGCUGGUGGAUGGAAUUGGCAAAGUAAUAUGCCGGUGAAUGGUCCUAAUUAUCCAGCUUUAAGAAAAAAUCCAAAAAAUCCACCAGUUCCUAUGAAACCAUUAUAUUGGACACGUAUAGUAAUACCAAUAACAAAUCAACCAGAACCAUCAAUUGAUACAACUGAUAAACCAUUAUGGUUACAAUUAGAAGAAACCCCAUUACCAAAUAUUACAGAAUUUGUGGAUUUAUUUUCACGACAAGUGAUGACAAAAAAACCAACAAUAAAAAAAGUUGAAAAACCAUCAAAAAUUCAAGCUGUGAAAAUAUUAGAUAGUAAACGAUCUCAAAAUGUUGGCAUUUUAGCACAAAGCUUACACGUUGAUUUCAGUGAAGUUGAAAAUGCUAUUUACAAUUUUGAUACAUCUGUUGUUAAUUUAGAAUCUCUUCAACAAAUUUAUGAGGCUAGAGCUACCAAAGAAGAACUUUCUCAAAUAAAGGAACAUAUUGCUUCAAAUCCGGAUGUCCCAUUGGAUAAACCAGAACAAUUUCUUUUACAAUUAGCAGAAAUUCCAAACUUUGCUGAUAGAAUAUCAUGCUUUAUGAUUCAAGCUGAAUUUGAUGAUGCAAUAUCCACAAUUAGCGCUAAGAUAGAUAAUAUUAAAUUUACCUGUGAUUUCUUAACGAAUAAAGAAAGUCUCAAGUCUGUAUUGGCCAUUAUAUUAACAUUAGGUAAUUAUAUGAAUGGUGGUAAUCGAACGAGAGGUCAAGCAGAUGGUUUUGGUUUAGAAAUUUUAUCGAAAUUACGUGAUGUUAAAAGUAAAGAUUCAUCGGUUACGUUACUUCAUUUUAUUAUACGUACAUACAUCGAAAAAUGUGAUGAACAAAAUGCCGCAAAUAUCCCGUUACCCAUUCCCGAACCAGGUGAUGUCGAUCGAGCAUCAGCUGUUAAUUUCGAUGAUAUCAAAGCAGAUUUAAAGAAAUUGAAUGAUCAAAUUGCCGAAUGCGUAAAAACAACAGCGAAAGUAAUUGCUGCAUCAAAUGAAUCCAAUUUACAACCAUUUAAAGAUAAAAUGGAAUCAUUUAUUGAGGUGGCUAAAAAAUAUUUAAAUAAUGAAAUGGAAAGUUUAGAAGAAUGUAGAAGUAAAUUUAUUGAAACAAUGAAAUUCUAUCAAUUUCGACCAAAAUCUGGUACAUUAGAGGAUUGUCAACCAGAAGAUUUUUUUGUAUUAUGGUCAUCAUUUUGUGUUGAUUUUAAAGAUAUUUGGAAGAAGGAACAAAAUAGGAUAUUGAAUGAAAAGUUACAAGAAUUGAAACGAAAAUCGCAACAAAGGAAAAAUCCUGUAAUGAAAAUACGACCAGGAGGUUUAAAGUCUAAAAUAUUAAAACUACAAGGAAAAACAAACUAAACUAGAAUAAAAAAUACAAAUAAA